AUAUUGCAGGGCUAUAUCCAGGCUUUGCUGUUUACUGGACUAGUGAUGGCUUUAUCAGGGACAGAUCCCAAUGUGACAUCACAGAAUAGUUCUGUUUUGUCAAACACGGAUUCAGAACUAUGGACUGAGUCAGCAUUUGUCCAAUCAGAAGUACAGACUGCUUCAGAUGUAGCGACACAAACUGAUGCAUUGCAGAAUGACUCCAUUAUGAUUUCACCUACUGAUGCCAAUGCUCUCGAACCUGUUACCAGCUCAUGUGUUGACAAGAUUGGUGGGAAUACAACUAAACAAAGAGAUGAACAAUCAAACAGUCAAGAUGCAGCUAGAAAUAAUGACACAACAGCAUGUUCUGGUGAUGAAGAUUCUGCAGUUGAGAGCGGUUCAUAUGUUCUCACCAAGAAAAUACUUUUGACUGCAAUUUUGGGACUAGCAUCAUUAGCUGGAAUUCUGGGUAAUGGUGUGAUAAUAACUGUUCUCAAAAUGUUUGUAUCAAAGAAGCCUUUAUAUUUACUAAUUUUGAAUUUAUCCCUUAUUGAUAUAAUAACCUCUUCAUUUUGCUUGCCUCUGCUCAUUUAUACUACUUUUAUAGAAGGGGUAGGGAUGCCACUCUUGAUGUGUCAGAUAACUGGUAUCAUCAAUUGGGGAUUGUUUGUGACAACGUUGUUCACACACUCGGUUGUUGCCUUCUACUGUUUCAUGGCUUUGCAAAGCCACAGCACUUUCCAUAUGUGGAUCAUGAAGCUACGUGUGGUGAGUUUAUUAAAUGUGCUCACAUGGCUGAUGGGCUUUGGUAUGGUCUGUAUAAUGCCUUUGCUUGGUCUUGUUAGCUCAGGAUAUAAUGCAGCGCUAGGCUAUUGUGUUGCCAUGGUUACGGCUGUAUCUCCUGAGAUGGAACUCAUCUACAAGUCGCUCGUGUUGCUUGUAGCAACUGGCUUGAACACAAUCAUCUCUCUUGGGUUUUACAUUGCCCUGUUCAAAACAAACACGAUUCAGAAUGAGACCAAUGUAUCACAGCAGUUUGAGCCUAGUCCAUCCCUCGAGCUCAGUACUAAUAGUACACAGGUAGACAUAAGGUCCACACAUACUGUCUCCAGUGCAAUCAUAGGAGUGCAGAGACGUACAUUAAAUACAUGCAAAGUCAUGGUAAUUGUAUUCAUACUGCUUUGUAUUUCUUGGAUUCCCUUUACCACAUGUCAGUAUCUCUUGGAGGUAUUCCCAGAUCUCCCUUUAUUAAAUGAUUUCUCACGCAUUGUUUCUUACCUGCCCCUCAUAGUGUCUGCCGUGAACCCAUUUAUAUAUGUUAAGAUCCCAGGCAUAAGGAAUGGGAUAACAUUGAUGACACAUAGAUCUAGACGUAGCACUGAUAUUUACAUGGGAUAGGGCACACAGUCAGCUAAACUCAAAAUUAAUAUUCUUCCGUUGUAGCAAGUUUGAAUAUAAUUUUUGGUGUAUUUUUUGAACUGGUUAAGUUGGCUUUCUUUAGUGUCAUGUGGGCUUUUUGUUUUGGAAUAUUGUUGAAAAGGAUUUAAGUUGUAUGAGAAAAGCUUCUAAAAGCUGAUAUGAUCCACUUGAAUUGUUUUGUACUUCUGUUUUUCCACAUUUAUGAUGGUUUGAUCCCUACCAUGUAGGCUUUGUAUAAAAACCUCCUACCUCAUACCCACCUACCCACAUACGUGGCACAGUCUUUGAAGGGUUCAAUUUUACAGAUCUUAUUUUAGUUUAUGAUGAAUUAUAGAUGCAUUAUAACAACCCUUGAUAGCAAGUUGCUACUACAUCCCAACUGGGUUCGGUUCCCACACGGGUCAUCGAAUUUAGCACACUUUCUUUCAAUUUCUUUCUGGCUUGUUGGACCUAUGCUCGCGGUCGUUAGUUAUUUAUUCCCCUGGGGCUGCCUUGGGUCAUUGCACAUUAAAAUGCAUCCAUAGCCUUUAUUUAUGGAUCUGUCAUCUGUCUAGUCAUAAAAUAAAGCCGAAAUUGAAAUGUUAAUUAUUUGAGCUAUUUUGAGAUUUAAUAAUCUUUAAACUUGAACCCUUCAAUGACUGUAUCAUGUUCCACGUAGGUGGGUAGGCAGGCAUCUCAUGAUGUUACGGCAUAAUUGUGAAAAGUGAGAUUUAAUUUGCCUACUGAAAAUUGUCAGCAUUGUUAGCCUUUUAAUUUCUUCCCACACACACACUGGGAGACAUCCUACAUCACAUUAAUGUCUAUCAAACAAUUUACAAUCUUAUUUAGCAGUAAUUCUGUCUGAAAAUAAAAAUCUAUUUCCGGACCUUAUUUUCUAAUAUGCAGGCUGGGAGAGAUCAUAUAUUAGCACAUCUAAGUACUGACAUCAUUAAUUAUCAGCCAGUAUAUGUAGCAACAGUGGAAAACAAGUAAACAUUAUGGUAGCAACAUAAAGAAAAUGACACUCGUCUCAUGAUGAAAAUUCCUAAGACAUGAUGUCACACUUAGCAAGUUUUCCAAAACGUAUUCUUAUAAGUGUGUUCCUUCAGCUUGCAACUAAAGAAAUUAAGUCUCCAAUUAUCAACAGCUGUGAAAAAUAAUUAAAUCAUGCUAUACCUCCCUAUGUAAUAUAAAAAUUCAAAAGUGUUAUCACUUGAAUAUUUCAAACAUUUAUUUGUACCCCUCCCCCUAAGUAACUGAACAUUGUUCCUCUACAACAUAUGUACUGUUUGUAAUAAGACAAAAUACCCAAUGGCAACAAAGUUGGCAAACAGGUAUUUACACAAGUUUGAAAAUCGAUUAGUGUAAAAAAGAAAAAUGGUUUUGGUGUAAAAAAUGUAUGAUAUGUAAAUAGGUUUUGUUUUUGUGAAUCUAUAAUAUGUAGUAAAAAAUUCAAAUACAAGGACUGCUGGCAGUCAUUUUGGUAGUAACAUAAAGAAAAUGACACUGAUGAUCACACUUUAGCAAGUUUCCAAUGCAUGAAAUUAGGCACUAGAAAAAGAUGUGUCCUAAUAUUGUUGUAAUGUAACAUGUACACGGGGUUAAAGCAGACCCGAUGAUGCAAUGAGCUUGCUCGGCGGUAUCAUGACUGUUUAACGGGGCUUAAUGUAUAAGUGAGCUCGGCGGUAGGUUCAAACAACGCAGAUCCUCAAAGCAUGUGCUCAUCUCAUGGUAUCAUUGUGGCUUAACACCUGUGAUGUAUUUAAAGAAAUAAAUGAGCACAAUAUGAUUGCAACAGUUUCAAUUUAUCUAAAAACACAAAGCAAUUUCAUUCACCAAGUGUAACACCAGUAAAUGAAUAGUACUGUGAGUACUGGGGUCACAUGGUGUACGGCAUAAAGUGAACAUUUUUGUGACAAAGAACAUUUUUGUGACAAAGAUGGUGGCUAUUUUGAAAGAAUUUGCUUGAUGUUUUGCUUCAAAAUUAUUUUAUAAAAUAUUAUUAUAAAGCUAGUAAAUGGUCCAAAAUUUUGCAAGACAAAAAUGGUGGCAAUUUUGAAUGUGACUUUUGAAAAACUAAAAUUUCAUUUGAAAUAAAUUCACAUUUUUCAAACAAAAAGUCCUUGAAAUCUACUUUUUGGGAUUAAAUUGAAAAGUUUCACACAUCACAUCUUGAUAACAUUGGGGCCUGUACGGCCUGUAUAAUAUAAGCCAAAUGGGUUCAAACUUUAUAUUCUAUUUAUUUAUUUUUCUUCAUACUACUCAAAAAUAUAAACUUUACCUGUCUAAUUUCUGAUGUUUUUCACUUAGAUUUAAAAGAUUUUCACACUUCGGUGCACUCUCGACUGAUAGUUUACCCUUUUCCUUUAAUGAAUGGAAAUCAUUCAAAUUCUCUUUCAGUCUGGUCAGGAAAAAUGAAUGAAAUUUUGGGGAAAAUUCUGGUAAAAAGGGUAUGCAUGAGAUCAAUUAGAGUAACCUGAAAAAGCCUUAAAUGUACAUUUAUCUAUGCAUACUUUCAAACAAUUAAAAUUUGUGAUUGUUAAAGUUGAGAAACUGUACUGAUUAUUUAUGAAACAUUACCAAUACUCCAGAUAUGGGCAAUGGUGAAGUAGAGAAUCCAUUUUAAAGUAAUCAAGGUCUGUCUAAUUACUCAGAUGCGAGUAGGUAGUUACCAGUUUUGCCACCAGGUGGCUGAUUCGGGGGAAAUAACAUGACAGGGUAUUACAAAA